UUUCCAAGGCCAUCACCAUCCUUAAUCAAAUCCCAUAUCCAAAUUUUCCACAAACAAUAACACACACACUUUUUCACAUCUCCUUUGCAUACAAUACAUGGCAAAAUCACUCCCCUUAAUAAAACUUCAACAUCUUUCAAGAUUCAUCGCUUCUCACCACCACCGCCCCAAGCUCUCCCACCCCUUUUCCGCCACCCGGGUCGUUCCCCAACCCGAGCCCACCAAGCCCAAAUCCAUCAAAAUCGAACCCGAAAAACAAAAGUCGAAAAUGGACCACAAUAAUAGCAAUAAUAAUCGUAUUAAUAAGGAUAAAAAUAUGAGUAGAAAUAGCUCGCCGGAGAUUGAAGAACGGUUCCCGUUGGCGGCGGUGGUCAACGACUGCGUGCGGCGGUGGUUUCUGGACACGUUGAAGGAGGCGAAAGCGGGUGAUAUUACAAUGCAAGUGUUGGUGGGGCAGAUGUAUAAUAGUGGAUAUGGGGUUACUAUGAAUGCACGCAAGGGAAAUGCUUGGAUUGAGAAGGCUUCAAGAAGUAGGUCGUCUGCGCGAAAAGUUGGUGAUAAGCGUCCAGGCUACAAUGCCAGUGACUCAGAUUCGGAUAAGGUAAAUGCUGAAGCAUGAUGAAAUUAGCAAUGACAAAUGAAUUCUGGCUAGCAAAAGCCUGUACCAGCAACUCAUCUACCCUUUACAGUGCUUGGGUGAUCCUCUUCCUUCUACUUGUAUUCAAGAUAGAAACAUUAUGCACACUUAGAUUAGUUUGCUGGAUAGUGUUUUCCCCGUGGACUGAAAUUUCCACUGAUAAUCCAUAUACUGCAUUUUAUAUAGAAGGUUUUUCUUUCAGUUGA